CCGUAAAUCCCCGCCCCACGUAGCGGUCAACCUCAACUACACGUCUAUACAUUCAUGUUCUAUUCACCUUUAUUUCUGGUUCUAUCCCCAAACCGAUCCUGAUAGUAACAGCACAAAGAGCAGAUAGAAUCACCUGGUGUUUUUAAUGUAUUGAAAAUGGUCGAAGUUGCCAACCCACCUUCUCUCAUCCACGAACCUGGGAAUGCCAGGAGCUGAACUCACGAUAGCAGUCGGUUUAAAAUAAUGGCAGCAGCCACGCCUUAUCUUGCGGACCAGCUACUGCUCUUAGAAAGAUCACGAAGGCAAAACAAUCAGCAGCCAAAAGACGCAGAAGUGCCCCAAACCCGAGGUGCGAAUGAUGAAACCAACAACACCAAUUCGUUGACGUUCCUCCUCGAUGACCAUGAGGGUUUGCAAAUUGCUCCUGGGAUAACCGCGAUUAGUGGAGAGGCAAGUACCGGAAAGACCUAUUUGUCGUUUCGGCUCCUUGCCGAGCAUCUCCUAGAAAGUCUCGGUUCUUCUGCGGCGAUCGUUGAUACGACUGGUGUUCUCGAUCUAUUCUGGCUUAGACAAGUCCUUGCGGCUACCAUAGAUGGCCGCCAGUCUGGCCAAUCGAAAGCGGAUGCGGCAAGCUGCUUGACUGGACUACUAGCACGGAUUCGCAUUAUCCGAGUGUUCGAUCAUAUCGGCAUCCAGGAAGCGUUGGACGAGGUGAAGGCGACUCACGAUAUGCCUGACCCCAAGGACAACACUCGGGGGCCGGCUGACAAGGUCGAAGGCAAGGUUGAUUUUGUUGUCAUCGACAACCUUUCCAAUUGUUUCACGCCACUCAUAAAGACGGGUUAUACAUCAGGGAAUGCCGUGCUCUCCUCGUUCCUUCGAAGCCUAAAUGCUCUAUGUCGAAGUCAUUCCGUCACAGUAGUGGUCAUAAAUACUGCGCUGCCGCCUCGACGCCCCGGAUUUAGCACAUAUUCAACCUUACCGACCGCGAUCUUUUCAGAUGAUUCUGCACAGCAAGCCUCUUUCUCCCUGGACAACAUAAGACCUACAUCGUCAGUCUUCUCAACCCGUGCCGCGCAAGCACAACCAGCGCUGGGAAGAGCAUUGCAGCGGUUCGCAUCCCUUCAUAUAUUCAUGCACGCAGCGGCAUCGACACGAGGAGACCGGGCAGCGGACGACCAUGCCCAUUCCGGGUUUCACGGGACCGGGUACAUAGGAAGUUCAGGCAGUUAUCAUCUUGUGGUAGAAGUGAUUGGGGAUAAAUCGGGAGGAAGACGAGGGCGAUGGGAUGCUUUCAGAAUCGGAAGGAUGGGCGAAAUGGAUCAAUUGAAAUAGAUGCGGCUUUGAACAUUGAAGGCUGGAUCGGAAUUCAGAUGCCAUUGCUGUUGGUGAACCAGGUGGGCCAGGGUCCUCGGAGUCUCGCUGGUGAGGGUCCCUCGGUGGAUCCAAGCUCCCAAAAGCCGAUCAACAACAAAAAGUCGCGUCUCGAACAAUAUAAUUUUGACAUAAGUUCGGUAUUCUUGACCUGAAGU